AUGUCAGACGCCAGUCAUGAGGAACAGAGCUCACUGGUCACUUCUCCCAAAGACACCGACUCUGAGCCGAUCAAAGGCAAGAAGAUCUUCUUUGCAUCAACUGGCAAUGAAGAAACCUUCAUUGAUCACGAUUGUACCCUUGACGACGAAGGAUAUCCGCUGUAUCCUAAUUGCCGGACCAUCUUUGUCAAAACUCCUGAGAUGACAAUCCAAAACUUCGGAUUGGUAGGAUUCCCGAAGACCAGCAAUGUUGAAUGGCAAGCCAAUAAGUCAUGGAAAAUGACUCAGAUCUUCUGCCUUGGCGCGAUGCUCUGUAGGAUCCCAAGUGCCCCGGCGCAGCUAGGAAAUGCCCUGGAAAAGUGGCACACCAGGCAUGCAAGAACACUUUACACUAUCACUUGGUUCGACAAAAAUCAACAGACUAAAUGGGCAAUCCUCCGACACCACGGAACCCACAACCAUCCUUGGCCAGCCCCAAAGAAGCCGGAUCCCUUAUCAAAGCUCAAGCUGAAAAGGGAAGUAAUGAAAAAUCCAUCUGCUGGGGCCUUCAAGCUCAAAUUAGGCAAGCCAACCGCGCCGUUGAACCCUUUUGAAAGUGUCACCAAGAUCCACGAGGCAUUUGUGAACAGUGAUUGCCUGCAAUAUCAUCGGUGUCGUAUCCUCACGGACCUUGGCAUUAACCCAGAGAAGGUGGCUGCUGGCUUAGGCGACAAAUUCCUACAUGACAUGUUCCAAUGGAACCAGUAA